AUGAAUAAGAUACGAAAGAAGACUUGGAGAAAGUUGAUUGAGUUAGUAAAAUCAAUUGCAAUAAAUAUGAAUUCAAGAAGUUGCAAAAAUGAAAAUGAAAAUGAAAAUGAACAAACGAAAAUACAUAAAAUUGCAAAAUUGCAAAAAUGUCACAAUUUCAUAAUGUCGUGUUUUGUCCAAAUGUUAGCAACUCUCCACUAUACAAACUCUACUUCUAUUUCUCUACCCUUUUUUCACCACCUCUAUUUCACUACACUCGUUUCUCGUUUCUCGUUUCUCUUUUUUUCGCAUUCUCGUUUCUUUUCCUGCCCCGGAUCGCGCAGGACGGAUUUCCCGAUCCGGUGGCAAUCCCCGGCUCGCGCUCCUGCACCCGCGCUUAUCGCAGCGUCACACUUGCCCUCGGCUGCGGACCGAAGGCGUCUUCAUAUUGUUUUUACCAUGAAAGUCACCUUUAGAUUAUCCACAGAAGUUUCGUACUCUGUGACCAUUCCUGACAACCUGACGGUGGAGGAUCUUCAUAACUCUGCAAAAGUAGCAUGUCCAAGUGAUUUUAAGCUUCCAAAUGACUUUAAAGUGAUUUAUAACGGAGAGAAACUUGCACCUUAUUCUCGGCUUUUAAGUGAGUUUAGCAUGAGUGAUGGAAGUGUGGUGAUCUUGAUGAGUAGCGGAGAAGCCAAUAACCACGGGGGAGCAUCCUCGGGUCAGAAAAUGGCGGAACCAGCCAGUGGGGCACCAAGGAAAAAGUCGAGAAAGAACCGGUGUUCAUUUGCUUCUUGUGGGUCUGCGCCACUCCGGAUGGUGGGAGACUGCUCGCAUUGCCAGGGAAAGUUCUGUGCCAAGCAUCGGUUGCUAGAGAACCAUUUGUGCCAAGGGUUACAGACAUGUAAAGAUAACGCCCACGAGCAGAAUGCCAUGAAGUUGCAUAGCGAAAGUACACUUGCAAGUAGGGUAUAG